AUGGAAAUACUAACAAAAGCUAUAUGCAACGCUUCAUUUCUUCUUAUAAUGUUAUCCUUGAAGGUAACGGGUCGUUUUUUACGUUACGAUGAUUUUGAGUUGAUUUCGGAUGGCAAAAAUGACCCAAAUCCAGAAAGCGUAUCAUCGUAUCUGCAUCUUAAAGGAACUGAUCAUUUACCUGAAGAACAACCUUGUGAGCAAAUGUACGGUUUUUUGCCAUGUUCAGAAACUCUCUUAGGCCACCUCUUCCUUAUUGUAGUUUACGAGUACUUGUUAUAUCACGGAGAAUCGUAUGUUGCUUCUGGAGGUAAACGGAUUUUCAAGAUUCUUGGUCCUGGGAUUUUUGGUGCAAGUGCUUUUCAUGUCCUUGGUUUCCUUCCAGAGUCAUUAAUACUACUCGUAUCUGGACUUUCAAAUGAUAAAGAUGUAGCUCAAGAGUAUGUCCUAACAGGAGUUGGCUUGCUGGCUGGAUCAACAAUACUCAUUCUCACUUUACUUUGGGGAACUUGUGUCAUCAUUGGAAGUCGGAAAUUUUCCUCAGAAUCAAGUUCCAUUUUUUCCCUGACUCCUACACAAAAUGCAUUUGAAAAAUUAUUUUCACUUUUGACCGAUUCUGGUGUCACAACAGAUCAAGAGACGAGUUCUGCAGCCAAAAUUAUGGUUCUUUCGGUUUUUCCAUUUAUGUUAUUCCUGAUCCCAGAACUAUUUGGUUUGGGUUUAUCUCAGGAAACUAUCUUCAUAAUAGUCCUUCCUGUUUCCGUCAUGUUCUUAGUUGUAUACUUUAUUUACCAGGUGUUCGAGCCUUCAAUCCAAAAAAGAAGAUUAUCAUACGUUAAACACGAGCAUUUAGUUGUAGACAUACUAAAACACUUGCAAGAGCACACUGCAGAAAAAGUACUCACUGAAGAUGGUUCGGCAAAUGUACCUGCUAUACAAGGAUUUUUCACUAAGCUUGAUCAAGAUGGUGAUAGCUACAUAACAUUUUCUGAACUCAAAGAACUUCUCCAGGAUAUUAAGUUCAGGCAAUUAACUUGGAACAAGGAGAAAAAAAUCGAGGAAAUAAUGAAAGAAUUUGACAAAGAUUCCGAUAGUAAAGUAUCAAUGGAUGAAUUUGUUGAUAGAUUCACAAACUGGCUCAGUGAGACCAAGGGUGCAGUUGAUAAUCGCCCAUAUCGCUCAAUUAGCUCAUGGAAGGACUUGUAUCAAAUUGUACAACCAUGGGUUCAGACCAAAAAGAAAGAACAAGAAAUGAUGAAGAUCUUGGUAUCUGAAAUUAUUCUACAUGUUCAAAGGUCACCGCUAGGAAACUUCUAUAAGGAAGAUGGAACACCAAACAUAACCACGAUAAAAGGGUUGUUUGACAAGAUUGAUCUCGAUAAAGAUAAUUUUGUAUCGCAAUCAGAAUUGAAGAGAUUGGUCACGGAAGUUAAUUCUGCCAAGAUACACUGGAAUGCAGAUGAAGCAACAAAUAAAAUAAUGCAAGACCUUGACAAAAGUGGAGAUCAAAAAAUUGAUGAGCAGGAGUUUAUAGAUGGGUUUAAAGAAUGGCUCCACACGUCGAAUGAUGAAACCAUUCCCAGCUCACCAGAUGGGUCUGAAAUUAAUGAUGCAUCGCAAAAACCAUGGGAAAGAUGGAUAGAUGAUGGUAUAGACAAAUCUAGUUGGGCAUGGACAAAGGCUAUAGCCUUGAUGGUGCUUGGGAUAGCCAUGUUAGCGCUUCUGGCUGAACCGCUCAUACACAGUGUUCAAAAGGUCUCUAGUGGUGCAAAUAUACCAUCAUUCUUCGUCUCUUUUAUUCUAGUACCGUUGGCCACAAACGCUAGAGCAGCAAUUUCAGCCUUCCAAACUGUAAACCAGAGAAAAGAACGAACCACUUCCUUGACUUUCUCUGAGUUAUACAAUGGUGUGUUCAUGAACAAUGUUCUUGGAUUCUCUGUUCUUUUAGCGGUCAUAUAUUUCCGAGGCUUGACAUGGGAUUUCUCUGGUGAAGUGUUGGCAGUGUUGAUGGUUUGUAUCAUUGUGGGCAUAGCGACGAGCUUUAGAUCAAAGUUCCCCAUUUGGACAUCGAUCCUCGCAUACUUGCUCUACCCGCUAUCUUUGAUCUCCGUUUACACUUUUAAUAAACUGUAACAUAGAAGAG